AUGGCACCAAGGUACAUUGUGUCUGCUUUGAAAGACAAAGACCCAGAAAAUAUCACGAGUAUUACUCAGAUAUACCGAGCUAGAGCAACAUAUAAACUAGGCAAGAGAGGUGCACUGACAGAAAUGAAAAUGUUAUUGAGCCUUAUUCACCAAGAGAAAUACAUGUGUUGGUCUAGAAAUAAGGAAAAUUCAGAUAUUGUGGCUGAUAUCUUUUGGACACACCUUGACUCUGUCAAGUUGUUGAAUAUGUUUCCUCUAGUAUUGAUUUUUGAUUGCACGUACAGAACAAAUAGGUACCGGCUACUACUGCUUGAGAUUGUUGGUGUUACAUCCAAAAAAUUGACGUUUUCGGUUGCUUUUGCAUAUUUGAAACAUGAAAGGGAGGAGAACUUUACAUGGGCACUAGAGAAGCUUAUAGAGUUGUUCUAUUCUAAGAAGUUGCUACCAUAUGUCAUGGUGACGGACCGGGAACUUGCAUUAAUGAAUGCCAUUGAUUUUGUGUAUCCAAAUGCGUCUCAUUUGUUGUGUAUGUUUCAUAUUUCAAAAAAAGUUAGCAUGAAAUGUAAAGAGUAUGUGAAAUCAGAAAGACAAGAACAUGUCAUGGAUCAAUGGAACAACAUGAUGUAUUCAAAUACAGAAGACGAAUUUGAUGUACAUCUCAACCACUUCGAGAGUGUAUGUGGUGAUAUUCCAUCAUUUGUCAAGUAUGUGAAAGAAACAUGGUUAACACCAUAUAAAGAAAGAUUUGUUGCUGCAUGGACUAACAGAGUCACUCAUUUAGGAAACACAACAACAAACAGUUUUGUUUCAAGACAGUAUAUACAACUCGUUGGAAAGGAACUAGAAAAAUUUAAAUUUGCUGGUGCGAGCAAGGAGAGGUGUGGUUGUUACAUUAGAACAACACAUGGAUUACCGUGUGCGUGUCAGCUUGGUGGUUACCAGAUUCUAGGCAUACCAAUACCUUUGGAAACUAUUCACGUGUUUUGGAUGAAAUUGCAAAUUUUAGAAUAUGAGGUGAGUCCUGAUGAGAGUAAGUGGGAUUUAGAAGAGGAAUGCGAAGAGUUGAAGCGACAAUUCAGUACUAUGGAUAUUAUGGGUCAAAGGGCGUUGAAGAAAAAAGUUUUUGAUCUUGCCUAUCCAUCCACAUCUUCAAUGUGUCCAUCGCUGGUGAAAUACAAGUCAAAGAGAGGAAUUAAUAAUAGUAGAAAAGGUGAGGAAAAUGAUGUGCAUCGUGAUCCAAGUUAG